AUGGCUGUGAAAACAUGCAACUUGAAAUCGUUCACACCCGACGAAGGCAUUACCUCCUCCAUGGAAAAAAAACUGCGAAGUAGAAGAAAGACUCAUGCCACCCAAACGCAAGAAGAAACAUGGGAGGAGAUCUACCGCAUGCUGUUUCCCUUGGAUUCUGUUCCAAGUCCUUGUGAGUGACACGCUAAUCUUGAGGUUGCCGCCCGAAUGCCAGAAUCUCACAAGCUUUCCAGAUUUUGAAGCAGCUACAGAUUACAUUCAACGGUCCCCGGGUUCAGUGGAGCUUUCUAGUUACGAAGAAUACUCUCGCCAAGAACUGCCUCGGAUAUUCAGAAGAGCACUUGAAGCCGCAGUCGGUGAGCAAGCUCUACCAAUCGAGAAUGUGCUCAGGAAUCGAUUAGUUGAGAUGAUUCAAGAGUGCCAAAAUCACGUUUUCACAGCUUAUCGAUCUCGACAAGCUGCGAGCUCAGCUACCGUAGACCUUGCGCCAGCAAUUGAUUCGUUAUUCUCCUUCGUACCAGCGAUCACGAAUCAAGAACAGAUCCCGAAUACGUAUCCUAACUCUACAGAUCCUUUACAGAACUUCUACCAACAACCUCUUUAUCAGAGUCACGCCCUGCCGGCAUUCGAUUUUGACGUCAAUACAGAGGCACUGGAUAUUCCAGCUUCCGAUCAGGGUAUAUGA